AUGCGAACAUACGUCCUCACCGUCGACGCGGCCACUGCCACUGUCAAUGGACUUUUCCCAUUACGUAAAGACCACUUGCAAAGGAUCUUACCUAUAUCAAUACUGCUGGUUAUUGGUUAUGGACGAUUUGGAUUUGAUUCGUCGAGUGAUGGCUGGCUUGUAGCUACCGUCAACCACACAUCUCGAUUACUGUUCCAUGAGAUGCGGAUUCUGCUUCUUUAUUUCUGUUCUAUAAAUCAAAAUGUCGACCUCCCUAAAGUUAGUCUGAGUACAUGCAUGGGACCGAGAGACUCUGGUGGUAGAAAAAUACGGGUUUUAACUAGAUGCAGAAUUGAGAUAUUCGCCAUCCCCAAGGCCCAACCCCAAUCAAGCGGAUUGUGCUUUGGAAACCUGGAUUUAUCUAGCUCUAGCCCGCCUCUGGUCCAGAAUGCAUCAUCUUGGUACACUUGCCAUGAUCUACAUAACCGAACUCAAAACCCGUUUUCAUCUUUCAAGAAUAGGCGAGAGAACAGGCCUGUCGUGUUAAUUCUAGUUAUCAUAGAUGUCCUUAAUUUGAAAGUAACCUUCCUGACCUAUGAGGCCAUUGACGGAAAACCAGCUCAUCAUCAGGGAGGAAGACGGGAUCAGUCACCGCCUCGCUUAACCUCCUACUUUAGAACCAAGAAAAAGAUCUUAUUCCAAGGGGGCGACAUGACUAAACCAUGCAAGAGUUGGGAAUCGCGGGGCUACCUGUUUUUUGUGCUCAGGUUACCCCUUGAAUACAAACGUCACAGCAUAUUAUUCAUUGGCGGAAAUGAGGGCCGCUAUUCCGUUUUUGAAGAUAAGGCAACUAGAGAUGGUCGUGUCGUACAUUGA